AUGGCAAUGGAGCAGAGAUUCAGAAACUACUCCUCUGACAGUGUUGGUAGUGAUGGGGUCUUCAUAGAGGAGUCCUACUACCAGGGGAUACUCAAGGCUAUGGAUUACAAGAAAGAUGAACGGGACCGAGUUCAGAAAAAGACCUUCACAAAAUGGGUCAACAAGCACCUUAUGAAGGCCCAGCGACACAUCACCGACCUGUACGAGGACCUCAGAGAUGGACACAACCUUAUCUCCCUGCUGGAGGUGCUCUCUGGAGAGACACUGCCACGGGAGAAAGGCCGGAUGCGCUUCCACAAGCUGCAGAAUGUACAGAUUGCACUGGACUUUCUCAAACACAGACAGGUCAAACUGGUCAACAUCAGGAAUGACGAUAUUGCAGAUGGAAACCCCAAGCUGACUCUGGGGCUGAUAUGGACCAUCAUCCUUCACUUCCAGAUCUCAGACAUUCAGGUGAACGGCCAGUCAGACGACAUGACGGCCAAAGAGAAGCUGCUGCUGUGGUCUCAGAGGAUGGUGGAGGGAUACCAAGGCCUGCGCUGUGACAACUUCACCACAAGCUGGAGGGAUGGCAAGCUGUUCAAUGCCGUCAUACACAAACACAGGCCCACUCUGAUUGACAUGGGUAAAGUGUACCGACAGACCAAUCAGGAGAACCUGGAGCAGGCCUUCAGCGUGGCAGAGAGAGACCUGGGCGUCACCAGACUGCUGGACCCUGAAGAUGUGGAUGUGCCCCACCCCGAUGAGAAAUCCAUCAUCACAUAUGUCUCCUCACUGUACGAUGUCAUGCCCAGGGUACCAGAUGUUCAGGAUGGUGUCAAAGCCAAUGAGCUGGAGCUGCGUUAUCAGGAGUACUACGAGCUGGUCACUGUGCUGCUGCAGUGGAUCAGGCACCACAUCCUCGUCUUUGAGGAGAGGAAGUUCCCCACCAGCUAUGAGGAGAUUGAGGUUCUGUGGCGUCAGUUUCUAAAAUUCAAGGAAACAGAGCUUCCUGCAAAGGAGGCAGACAAGAACCGUUCCAAACACAUCUUCAAGUCAUUUGAGGGUGCGGUCCAGGCAGGUCAUGUCAAAGUGCCGCCUGGUUACCAUCCAUUUGACGUAGAGAAGGAAUGGGGUCGUCUGCACGUUGCUAUACUGGAGAGAGAGCGUCUCCUCAGGACAGAAUUUGAGCGGCUGGAGCGACUUCAGAGGAUUGUCAGUAAGGUCCAGAUGGAGUCAGGGGUGUGUGAGGAGCAGCUCAACCAGGUGGAGACUCUGUUGCAGACGGAUGUGAGGAUGCUGAGCUCAGGAAAACCUGCUCAGCACACAGCAGAGAUGGAGGCAGAUCUAGAAAAAGCAGAAGGAAUGAUUCGCUUCCUCUUCAAUGAUGUUCAGCUGCUCAAAGAUGGACGCCACCUUCAAGCUGAGCAGAUGUAUCGCAGAGUGUAUCGUCUCCAUGAGAGGCUGGUGAACCUCCGCAGUGAGUACAACCUUCGCCUCAAGUCUGGUGUGACCACCACACAGAUCCCCAUGACUCAGAUCCACACAGCCCAGGUCCUGCAGCAGGCCCCCAUGAGGGUGCGGCCGGAGCUGGAUGAAGUCACCAUGCGCUACAUCCAAGAUCUGGUGGCCUGGGUGGAGGAGAACCAGCGCAGGGUGGACGAUGGGGAGUGGGGCUCCGACCUGCCCACUGUGGAAUCCCAGCUUGGCAGUCACCGCGGCCUGCACCAGUCUGUGGAGGACUUCCGCACCAAGAUUGAAAGGGCAAAGGCUGAUGAGAGUCAAAUCUCGCCUGUCAGUAAAGCUGCCUACCGAGACUAUCUGGGAAAACUUGAGCUGCAGUACGGCAAGCUCCUGAAUUCUUCUAAGGCCCGUCUGCGCUAUCUGGACCAGCUUCAUGCCUUCGUCACUGCAGCCACCAAAGAGCUGAUGUGGCUGAAUGAGAAAGAAGAGGAGGAGGUCAACUACGACUGGAGUGAACGAAACACCAACAUGACAGCCAAGAAAGACAAUUAUUCGGGUUUGAUGAGAGACUUGGAGCUCAGAGAGAAGAAGAUGAACGAUGUCCAGGCCACAGGAGACAAACUGCUGAGAGAUGGACACCCUGCCAGGAAGACCUUAGAGGCCUUUACUGCAGCUCUGCAGACUCAGUGGAGUUGGAUUCUCCAGCUGUGCUGCUGCAUCGAAACCCACCUGAAAGAAAACACUGCCUACUUCCAAUUUUUCUCUGAUGUCAAAGAGGCAGAGGAGAAGAUCAAAAAGAUGCAAGAUACAAUGAAGAGGAAGUAUACAUGUGACCGCUCCAUCACAGUCACACGCCUAGAAGACCUUGUGCAGGAUGCAGCUGACGAGAAAGAGCAACUGACUGAGCUCAAAACUCACCUGGAAGGCCUGAAGCGGAGAGCUAAGACCAUCAUCCAGCUCAAACCACGUAACCCUGCCACCCCAAUAAAGGGUAAACAGCCCGUCCAGGCCGUCUGUGACUUCAAACAAAUGGAGAUCACAGUCCACAGAGGAGAUGAAUGUGCCCUGCUGAACAACUCGCAGCCCAACAAGUGGAGGGUGCUGAAUGAUAAAGGCAACGAGGCAACUGUACCAUCUAUCUGCUUCCUGGUUCCGCCGACCAAUAAGGAUGCAGUGAAUAGCGUUGCAGGACUGGAUGGAAAUCUGCAGAGGCUUGAGACGAUGUGGCAGACAAUGUUCGUGGACAUGAGGAGCUUACUGUCCUGGCAGUACCUGAUGAGAGAUAUUCACAUCAUCAAGACCUGGAACAUCACCAUGUUUAAGACCCUGACAGUGGAGGAGUACCGGCUGGCACUGAGGAACCUGGAGCUGCACUAUCAGGACUUCCUGAGAGACAGCCAGGACUCUCAGAUGUUUGGGGCAGAAGACCGUAUGCAGGUGGAGUCCAACUACAACAAGGCCAACCAGCACUACAACACACUGGUCAGCUCUGCAGAACAAGGCUAUGUGCCACCCAGGGCAGGUGAGCAAGACGAGACUGUGUGCAGGACUUACCUGACCAAGAUCAAAGAUCUUCGUCUGAGACUGGAGAGUUGCGAGAAUCGAACAGUGACACGCCUUCGCCAGCCUGUGGACAAGGAGCCUCUCAAAGCCUGUGCACUGAAGACUGCAGAGCAAAUGAAAGUCCAGUCAGAGUUGGAGGGUUUGAAAAAAGACUUGAACUCUAUCUCUGAGAAGGCAGAGGAGGUCCUGGCAUCUCCUCAGCAGUCCAGCUCCGCCCCAAUGCUGCACUCCGAACUGGACGUCACAGUGAAGAAGAUGGACCAUGUCUAUGGCCUCUCCUCAGUCUACCUGGACAAGCUGAAAACCAUUGAUGUAGUGAUCAGAAACACUAAAGAUGCAGAAGACACACUGAAGACUUAUGAGACUCGUCUGCGAGAUGUCAGCAAAGUGCCAGCUGAUGACAAAGAGGUGGAGAACCAUCGCAGUCAGCUAAAGAAAAUGCAUGCUGAAGCAGAAGCCAACCAGGUGGUAUUUGACCGCCUGCAGGAUGAGCUUAAGAGGGCUACAGUUAUCAAUGACAAGAUGACACGGAUCCAUAGUGAGCGUGAUGCUGAGCUCGAGCAUUACCGUCUGCUAGUGAACAGCCUCCUGGAGCGCUGGCAGGCUGUGUUUGCUCAGAUUGACCUUAGGCAGCGGGAGCUCGACCUCCUUGGGCGCCACAUGAAAUCCUACCAUGAAAGCUACGAGUGGCUUAUCCGCUGGCUUGGAGAAGCAAAGGAGAGGCAGGAGAAAAUACAAGCUGUGCCCAUUGGUGACAACAAGGCCCUCAAGGAGCAACUGGCAGAGGAGAAGAAACUCCUAGAAGAGAUUGAGAAAAACCAGGACAAGAUUGAAAAUUGCGAGAAAAAUGCAAAGGCUUACAUUGAUUCAGUCAAGGAUUAUGAGCUGCAGAUUUUGACCUACAAAGCCCUCCAGGAUCCCAUUGCCUCUCCUUUAAAGAAACCCAAAAUGGAGUGCGUUUCUGAUAAUAUCAUUCAAGAGUAUGUUACCCUGAGAACUCGCUACAGCGAGCUGACAACCCUUACCAGCCAGUAUAUUAAGUUCAUCAUGGACACACAGCGCCGCCUGGAGGAUAGUGAGAAAGCUUCUGAAAAACUAAAAGAAGAGGAGAAGAAAAGGAUAGCAGAGAUACAGGCCGAGUUAGAUAAACAAAAGCAGCUGGCUGAGGCCCAUGCUAAAUCUGUGGCCAAAGCUGAACAAGAAGCUCAGGAGCUAAAGCUGAAGAUGAAAGAAGAGGCCACCAAGAGGCAAGAUGUCGCAGUGGAUUCUGAGAAACAGAAGCAAAACAUACAACAGGAACUGGACCAUCUGAAGAGUCUGUCAGAACAGGAGAUCAAGUCCAAGCAUCAGCAGCUGGAAGAGGCAUUUAUCAGCCGCACCAAGAUCGAGGAAGAAAUCCACAUAAUUAGAGUUCAGUUGGAGACAACAAUAAAACAGAAGACCACAGCUGAGGCUGAAUUACAGCAACUCAGAGACAAGGCUACUGAUGCUGAGAAACUCCGGAAAGCUGCUCAGGAUGAGGCAGAAAGGCUUCGCAAGCAGGUGGCAGAAGAGACUCAGAAAAAGAAAAAUGCAGAAGAAGAGCUGAAACGUAAAUCUGAGACCGAAAAAGAGGCUUCCAAACAAAAGCAGAAAGCACUGGAUGACCUUCAGAAAUUCAAAAUGCAAGCUGAAGAGGCAGAGAGGCGCAUGAAACAGGCCGAGGAGGAGAAACUGAGACAGAUUAAGGUAGUCGAGGAGGUAGCACAGAAGAGUGCCGCUACACAGCUGCAAAGUAAAUCUGUGUUAUUCAGUGAAAAGACAACAAAACUCGAGGAAUCUCUCAAGAAAGAGCAGGGCACUGUCCUUCAGUUGCAGGAGGAAGCUGAAAAACUUAGGAAACAACAAGAGGAAGCUAGCAAAGCCAGGGAGCAAGCAGAGAUGGAGCUUGAAACAUGGAGACAGAAAGCCAAUGAGGCUCUCCGCUUGAGGCUACAAGCUGAGGAGGAAGCUCAAAAGAAGAGCCAGGCUCAAGAGGAAGCAGAGAGGCAGAAAGUUGAGGCAGAGCGAGAUGCCAAGAAAAGGGCUAAGGCUGAAGAAGCUGCACUUAAACAGAAGGAGAAUGCAGAGAAGGAGUUGGAAAAACAAAGGAAAUUUGCAGAACAAGUAGCCCAUCAAAAGCUCUCUGCAGAACAAGAAUGCAUACGCUUAAAGGCUGACUUUGAACAUGCUGAACAACAGAGGGGGCUGCUGGAUAAUGAGCUCCAGCGUCUAAAAAAUGAAGUGAAUGCUGCAGAAAGCCAGAGAAAACAACUGGAAGAUGAGCUGGCUAAAGUCAGAAGUGAAAUGGACAAUCUUCUGCAUAUGAAGAUUCAAGCAGAAAAGGAGACACUGUCAACCACUGAGAAGAGCAAGCAGCUUCUUGAAUCUGAAGUUUUGAAAAUGAAACAACUUGCUGAGGAAGCCACCAGGCUGAGAUCAGUUGCCGAAGAGGCGAAGAAGCAGAGACAGAUCGCAGAGGAAGAAGCAGCUCGUCAAAGAGCUGAAGCUGAAAAAAUUCUCAAGGAAAAACUGGCUGCCAUCAAUGAGGCAACUCGUCUGAAAACUGAAGCAGAGAUUGCCCUGAAAGCUAAAGAAGCAGAGAAUGACAGACUCAAAAGACAAGCUGAGGACGAAGCUUAUCAGAGGAAGCUGCUGGAGGAUCAGGCUGCUCAGCAUAAGAAAGACAUAGCAGAGAAAAUCACACACCUGCAGAGCUCUUCUAAUUCUGAGUUAGAGAGACAAAAAACUAUUGUGGAAGAAACUAUAAAGCAAAAGAAAGUUGUUGAAGAAGAAAUUCGUAUCAUUAAGAUCAACUUUGAGAAAGCAUCAAAAGACAAAUCAGGUUUGGAGAUAGAAUUAAAGAAGCUGAAGGGUGUUGCUGAGGAGACACAAAAGAGCAAACUCAAAGCAGAGGAAGAAGCAGAUAAACUGAAAAAACUUGCUGCAGAGGAAGAGAAGAAAAGGAAAGAAGCUGAGGAGAAGGUGAAGAGGAUUACAGCGGCAGAAGAAGAGGCAGCUCGACAAUGCAAAGCUGCUCAGGAGGAAGUUGACCGCCUGAAAAAGAAAGCUGCUGAAGCAAAUAAACACAAAGACAAGGCUGAGAAAGAUGCAGAGAAGCAGGCUAUUCUGGCAAAAGAAGCAGCACAGAAAUGCAGUGCUGCAGAACAAAAAGCCCAAGAUGUUCUCAGUAAAAAUAAAGAAGACAUUCUCGCUCAGAAAAAUCUCAAAGAUGAGUUUGAAAAUGCCAAGAAACUUGCACAAGCAGCUGAAAAAGCCAAAGAGAAAGCAGAGAAAGAGGCUGCCCUGCUUCGUCAAAAAGCUGAGGAGGCUGAAAAACAGAAAAAGGCUGCAGAGGAUGAAGCUGCAAAACAGGCCCAAGCACAAAAAGAUGCAGAGAGACUGAAGAAAGAAGCAGAAGAGGAGGCUUCCAAGCGAGCAGCAGCUGAGGCAGCAGCUCUAAAGCAGAAACAACAGGCUGAUGCAGAGAUGGCCAAGCACAAAAAAGAAGCUGAACAAGCUCUUAAACAGAAGUCUCAGGUUGAGAAGGAACUUAAGAUGGUUAAACUGCAACUGGAUGAAACUGACAAUCAGAAAACUGUGUUAGAUGAGGAGCUUCAGCGAGUGAAGGGUGAAGUAAAUGAUGCUGUCAAGCAAAAGGCACAGGUGGCUGAUGAGCUGUCCAAAGUUAAGAUCCAAAUGGAUGAGCUCCUGAAACUGAAGCUCAAAAUUGAGAAUGAAAACCAGCGUCUCAUGAAGAAAGACAAAGACAAUACACAGAAGUUACUUGCAGAAGAAGCUGAGAAAAUGAAGAGCCUGGCAGAGGAGGCUGCCAAACUCAGUGUGGAGGCUGAGGAAACAGCCAGACAGAGACAGAUUGCUGAGUCUGACUUGGCUGAACAGAGGGCACUUGCAGAGAAAAUGCUUAAGGAGAAAAUGCAAGCCAUCCAGGAGGCAACAAAUCUGAAAGCUGAGGCAAAAGAGCUCCAGAAACAGAAGAACCAAGCACAAGAAAAGUCUAAAAAACUACUUGAGGACAAACAACAGAUACAGCAACAACUUGAUAAGGAGACAGAGGGCUUCCAAAAAUCAUUAGAGGCUGAGCGAAAGAGGCAGCUUGAAGUGUCUGCUGAAGCUGAGAAACUGAAAUUAAGGGUGAAAGAGCUCAGUGAUGCUCAGGCGAAAGCUGAAGAGGAAGCAAAGAAAUUCAAGAAACAAGCUGAUGAGGCAAAAGUUCGUCUUCAAAGCACAGAGAAACAAACUACAGAAAUUGUUGUGCAAAAGUUGGAGACUCAGAGACUACAGAGCACCAGAGAAGCGGAUGACUUAAAGAAAGCCAUCACUGACCUUGAAAAAGAGAGGGAGAAACUGAAAAAAGAGGCAGAGGAACUUCAGAAAAAAUCUAAAGAGAUGGCACAUACCCAACAAGAACAAAUUGAGCAACAGAAGGCCAUUCUUCAGCAGUCAUUCCUCACAGAGAAGGAACUAUUGUUGAAAAGAGAAAAGGCUGUUGAAGAUGAGAAAAAGAAGCUUGAGAAACAGUUUGAGGAUGAAGUGAACAAGGCCAAAGCUCUCAAAGAUGAACAAGAGCGUCAGCGGAAGCUAAUGGAAGAGGAGAAGAAGAAACUUCAGGCCAUAAUGGAUGAAGCUUUGAAGAAACAAAAGGAGGCUGAAGCAGAGAUGACAAACAAGCAAAAAGAAAUGGAGGUGCUGGAAAAGAAACGGAAUGAACAAGAAAAAAUCUUGGGAGAGGAAAAUAAAAAGCUCAGAGAGAAGCUUCAGAUUCUUGAGGUUGCAUCAAAACAGGGCACAUCCAAAACAAAGGAAAUUGAGGUCCAGACUGACAAGGUUUACAAUGGCUCUGUUGAAACUGAUGGAGUGAAGAAAGAUGGGGAAUCAGCCUUAGCGUUUGAUGGAAUAAGAGAGAAAGUUCCUGCUGAAAGGCUCCUUGACAUUGGUGUCCUGACCAAAAAGGAGUUUGACAAACUGAAAAAGGGCAAAGCUUCUGUGCAAGACCUCGGAAAGACUGAUAAAAUUAAAUCAUGUCUUAAGGGUCAGAACAGUGUUGGAGGUGUCUUGACUCCAUCCAAAGAGAAAAUGAGUGUUUAUCAGGCAAUGAAGGAGAACAAGAUUUCCCCGAACACUGCCACAAUGCUCCUGGAAGCUCAAGCAGCUUCUGGUUACAUUGUAGAUCCAGUGAAAAAUAAACUAGUUUCUGUAGAUGAGGCUGUUAAGGAUGAAUUAAUUGGCCCUGAACUCCAUGACAAGAUGCUCUCUGCAGAGCGAGCAGCCACUGGCUUCAAAGAUCCCUAUACUGGAGCCAAAAUCUCUCUUUAUGAGGCCAUGAAAAAGGGACUUAUUGAAAGGGAGCAGGCCACCAAAUUCCUAGAUGUACAGCUUGCAACUGGUGGCAUCAUUGACCCUAUCAAUAGUCAUAGAGUACCACUGCAGACAGCCUACAAGCAGGGUCUCUUUGAUGCAGACAUGAAUAAGAAUCUCUCUGAUCCCAGUGAUGAUUGCAAAUUAUUCAUUGACCCCAGCACUCAGGAGCAACUCACUUACAAACAGUUACUGGAGCGAUGCACCAAGGAUGCAGAGUCAGGCCUACUCAUAUUACCAGUACCAGCUGCUCAGAGUGAAAGAACAUACACAGAUAAAGAGACAAGAGAAGUGUUCAGUAAAUCAAAUGUUGAUGUGCCUUUUGGAAAGUUCAAAGGAAAAACUGUCACCAUAUGGGAAGUCAUAAACUCAGAGUAUUUCACUGAGGAGCAAAGAAGAGAAUUGAUUCGUCAGUACAAGACAGGAAAGAUCACAGUGGAAAAGAUUAUCAAAAUAGUCAUCACUGUUGUGGAGGACAAGGAGAAGAACAAUGAAAAUGUGUUCAAUGGUUUGAGGGCUACAGUAUCUGCCAAUGAACUUUUAGAGUCUAAAGUUAUAAACAAAGACUUGUUCAACAAAUUGAGUAAUGGCAAGACAACAGUUAAAGAGAUCUCUGAGAUGGAGCCUGUGAAGAAGGCACUACAAGGAACACCGAGCAUUGCUGGGCUGUUAAAUGAACCAACCAAGGAGAAAAUGCCUUUCUACCAAGCUAUGAAGAAAGAAUUACUGUCACCAGAGACUGUGGUUAACCUGCUUGAAGCUCAAGCAGCAACUGGAUUUAUAAUUGAUCCUGUCAAAAAUGAGAGGAUCCCUGUUGAUGAAGCUGUCAAGUCGGGUCUUGUGGGCCCAGAACUCCAUGAGCGACUUCUGUCUGCAGAGAGAGCUGUCAGUGGCUACAAAGAUCCAUAUACAGCAAAAAAGGUAUCUCUGUUUGAAGCCAUGAACAAAGGCCUGAUAAAGAAGGACCAUGGCAUCCGUCUGCUUGAAGCACAACUCUCAACAGGUGGAAUUAUUGACCCCAAUAAAAGCUAUCGCAUCCCACAUGAGGUUGCCUGCAAACGUGGAUAUUUUGAUGAGGAAAUCAGCAAGACCUUGAACAAGAACACUGAUGAAACAAAGGUGUUUUAUGAUCCUAACUCACAAGAGGAUGCAACCUAUGCACAGCUCAUGAAAAAAUGCAUCACAGACAAAGAAACUGGAUUACCAUUGCUUCCUCUCUCAAAGAAGGCCUCAAAGCCAAAAGAUGACCAACAGAUUACAGAGGCUAAAACCAAACAGGCAUUGAACCAGGCCACUAUGGAGUUGGAGUAUGGGCCUUUCAGAGGAAGAAAAGUCACUAUUUGGGAAAUCAUACACUCUGAAUACAUCACUGAAGAGCAAAGAAUAGAGUUGAUUCGCCAGUACAGAAUGGGGCAGGUGACAGUUGAAAGGUUGAUAACAAUUGUCAUAACAAUGGUUGAUGAAAAAGAGUCCAAAACAAAGGAAGAUGCCUGUUUUGAAGGCAUUAGGGCACCAGUCACUGCCAGCUCUUUACUUGAUUCCAACAUCAUUGAUAAAGCUACAUUUGACCAACUCCAACAGGGUAAAAAGACACCUAAAGAAAUUGGUCAAACUGAUAAGGUCAGGAAGUAUUUGCAAGGCACAGACCGCAUUGAUGGAAUCACAAUGGAAGAGUCAAAUGAGAAGUUGUGCAUAUAUAAAGCAAUGAAAAACAACUUUUUGCAACAAAACACUGGGAUUGCACUACUUGAGGCCCAAGCUGGAACUGGUUUCAUAACUGAUCCAGUUAAAAACCUGAAAUACUCUGUAGAUGACGCUGUGAAGGUUGGCAUUGUUGGCCCAGAGCUUCAUGAGAAACUUCUCUUGGCUGAAAAAGCAGUGACAGGAUACAAAGAUCCAUAUACAGGCAAUAAGAUUUCUCUAUUCCAGGCUAUGAAGAAAGAGCUUGUUCUGAGGGAGCAAGCCAUUCCUGUCCUGGAAGCUCAGUUUACUACAGGAGGGAUCAUUGAUCCAGUCAGCAGCCAUCGUGUUCCCAAUGAUGUGGCCAUUCAACGUGGCUAUUUCAGCAAACAAAUGGCCAAGUCCUUCAAUGAACCAUCAGGGGACAUUAAAGGCUUCACCAAUCCCAGCACCAAUGAAAGUGUCACUUACAAGCAAUUGCUAGAGAAAUGUGUAAGAGAUCCCAACUCUGGUCUGUGCUAUCUGCCUCUGUCAAAGGUUGAAACUCCUGCUCCUGCUGAAAAGUCCUAUCAAUACACAGAGGAGCAAGCCCAAACAGAUUUAGCGAACGCUCAAAUUGAGAUCCCACAUAAGAGUUUUGCAGGGAAGAGUAUGACCAUUUGGGAAGUCAUGAACUCUAAUAUGCUUCCAGAAGAGGAGAGGCACCGCCUCAUGGAGCAGUACCGCUUGGGACAAAUCACAAAGGAAAGAAUGCUAGUCAUCAUCAUUGAAAUUAUUGAACAAAGAGAGACUCUAAAGUCUGAGCAAGGCAUGUCAUGUGAUGUAAUCAGAAGGCGAAUUACUAUUGAGGAGCUUUACAGUGCUAGAAUCAUUGACUUGCACACAUACAACCUCUUGAAACAAGAAAAAAUGUCUAUUCGUGAAGUAAUGGAAAUGCCAUCAGUAAAACAGUAUCUCUUUGGUACUGGUUGCAUCGCUGGAAUAAUGUCAGACAGUCCUCCAAAGAUCAGUAUAUAUCAAGCAAUGAAGAAUGGACAGAUAAAGCCUGAAAUUGCUUUGAAUCUUCUCGAGGCCCAAGCAGCAACAGGAUUCAUGAUUGAUCCAGUUAAAGAUGAACUUCUAACAGUUGAUGAAGCUGUCCGCAAGGGGCUUGUGGGGCCUGAAAUUCAUGACAAACUUCUCUCUGCUGAGAGAGCAGUUACAGGUUACAAAGAUCCAUACAGUGGAAAAGUAAUCUCUCUCUUCCAGGCAAUGAAAAAAGGCCUGAUUCCGGAGGAUUAUGCCCUAAGGCUUUUGGAAGCCCAGAAUGCUACUGGAGGAUUAGUUGAUCCUGAAUACUACUUCCGCCUUCCCAUGGAUGUUGCCAUGCAGCGUGGAUACAUCAAUAAGGAGACAAUUGACAGAAUAUCUGAACCUACUGGGGAUGUUCAAGGUUACAGUGAUCCAACAACAGACGAGAAACAGUCCUAUUCUCAGCUACUGAAAAGAUGCAGGGUUGAUAAAGAAAGUGGUUUGCGGCUACUUUCACUUGCAGACAGAAAACUUCUCUUCAAGGGUCUCAGAAAGCAAAUCACUGUGGAAGAGCUGCUUCGUUCUCAGAUCAUCAGCCAAAAGACAUACAACGAACUCACUGAGGGCAUCAUUACAGUGGAGGAGGUCAGCAGAGAUGUUAAGAAAUACCUUGAGGGUACCAGCUGCAUUGCUGGCGUGUAUGUAGAAUCUAGCAAAGACCGACUGUCUAUUUACCAAGCAAUGAAGAAGAACAUGAUCAGACCAGGUACUGCCUUUGAGCUCCUGGAGGCUCAAGCCGCCACAGGAUAUGUCAUUGACCCAAUUAAAAACCUGAAACUAAAUGUCACAGAAGCUGUCAAGAUGGCAGUUGUUGGCCCAGAGUUUAAAGACAAACUCCUCUCUGCUGAGCGAGCUGUCACUGGCUACAAGGACCCAUAUUCAGGCAAGGUCAUCUCACUAUUUCAGGCAAUGAAAAAGGGCCUUAUUCUGAAAGACCAUGGCAUUCGCCUGUUAGAGGCUCAAAUUGCUACAGGUGGAAUCAUUGACCCACAGGGGAGCCACCGCUUGCCAGUUGAAACUGCAUAUUCACGUGGCCUCUUUGAUGAGGAAAUGAAUGAAAUCCUGACUGACCCAUCUGAUGACACAAAAGGUUUCUUUGACCCCAACACUGAAGAAAACCUCACCUACCUACAGCUAAUGGAGAGGUGUAUGAUAGACCCAGAAACCGGCUUUGCUCUUCUGCUGCUGAAAGAAAAGAAGCGGGAGAGGAAGACAUCAUCCAAGUCAUCUGUUCGCAAGCGUAGGGUCGUCAUUGUUGAUCCAGAGACGGGCAAAGAGAUGUCUGUGUAUGAGGCAUAUCAGAAAGGGCUAAUUGACCACCAGACCUAUUUAGAGCUGGCAGAGCAGGAGUGUGAAUGGGAGGAAAUUACCAUCACUUCAUCUGAUGGAGUUGUGAAAUCUAUGAUCAUUGACAGAAGGUCUGGUCGGCAGUAUGACAUUGAUGAUGCAAUUACAAGGGGCCUGAUUGACAAGUCAGCUCUGGAUCAGUACCGAGCAGGAACUCUGUCCAUCACAGAGUUUGCAGACAUGCUGUCUGGAAACAUGAGUGGUGUCAGAUCACGGUCAUCCUCCUUUGGUUCUUCUUCCUCUUACAACAUGAGUCCAGUGCCUAGUAUCAAAACACCAGCAACCACAUGGAGCGACCCAACAGAGGAAACUUGCCCCGUGGCUGGAAUCUUAGACACAGAAACACUGGAGAAGGUGUCUGUCACAGAGGCCAUACACAGAAACCUUGUGGACAACAUAACAGGUCAAAGGUUGCUGGAAGCUCAGGCCUGCACAGGAGGCAUCAUCGACCCAAAUACUGGAGAGAAAUUCAUUGUUGCAGAUGCAAUGACCAAAGGGCUUGUGGAUAAAAUCAUGGUGGACCGCAUCAGUCUUGCCCAGAAGGCUUAUAAUGGAUUUGAGGAUCCUAGAACCAAAACCAAAAUGUCAGCAGCCCAAGCUCUAAAGAAAGGUUGGCUGUACUAUGAGGCCGGACAGCGAUUCCUUGAGGUCCAGUAUCUUACAGGUGGUUUAAUUGAACCAGAUGUUACCAACAGAGUUGCGAUAGAUGACGCUGUGAAGAAGGGCACCUUAGAUGCACGCACAGCACAGAAGCUACGAGAUGUUAGUGCAUACUCAAAAUACCUCACAUGUCCUAAAACCAAGCUUAAAAUCUCUUACAAGGAUGCUCUGGAUAGAAGCAUGAUAGAGGAAGGGACUGGUCUGCGACUACUGGAAGCAUCAUCUCAAUCAAGCAAAGGCCUUUACAGUCCCUAUAGCAUCAGUGGGUCUGGCUCUGCUACUGGGUCACGGUCUGGCUCCAGGACUGGUUCCAGGUCAGGCUCCAGAAGAGGCAGCUUUGAUGCCACAGGAUCAAGUUUCACAACAACCUUCUCCUCCUCUUCCUACAGUUCACCAAGCUAUGGCCGCAGAUACUGAUGAGUUCAGCUGACAAAGUUGAGGAAUUAAUUCGUAAGGGAAGGAUAUACUACAAAGCCACAGUGCUCACCAGAUGCCUAAUUCUAAGUUGAAUAUAGACUACCAUUUUUCUGCUCUGCAUGUGGUUGUUUUAGUAUUUAAUUUUAUACAAGUUGAAUAAUUUUGUUUUUUGUAUAUUUCACUUUUAGUUAUGUGUAUUCUGUCUUAUCAGACUUUCUGAUUCUUGUAUUGUAAGCAGUACUCAAGAUCUGUUUAUUAUUUCCAAUAACUAUCACAAACCUUUCAAGUGUACAUUAUAUUUUUUGUUUUUAAAGUCUGAAAUCAUAAGCAUUUACUGUUCCACAAACAAGAUUUUAUUUACUUUCAAUAUUGUUUGUGUAACACUAUAACCGAAAGUGUUCAAGACUGUUAGCUUGAUUGUUAAACACAACCAAAUUGGAUGUACAAACAAACUUUUCUGUGCAUGUGUAUAUUUCUGAAUAUUGAAAAAGAAAUAGCUAAAGAAAGAAAAAUGCCACUCUGCAGAGCAGAAUAAGGAGUCUAACAGUGUCUGCUUUAAGAAUGCCAAGCUUCAAGAUCUUUUUCUCUCCUGGGCUACACUGCCGCACAAUACUCCAAUUACCAAUUACUGAACUCUGCUCCAUUCCCAAUUGCCUGUCAUUAAAUUUGGAGUUACCACAACAUGUUAACCUUGUAAAAUGAACUGCAAUUCGCAAGCUCCCAGAAAUGGAAGGAUUAUGUUGCUAAAUAUGACGAUAAACACCAUCUGAUGAUUCUGGACUUUUCACAUGCAACCUCAAGACUAUAACACAAAUAAAGUCCCUGUCUUUCUGGAUACUUUACAAGAUAUUGUCUUCACUCCUCUCCAGAUCCAGCUUUAUUCAGAUGUCUUCCAGAGACCCAUGGCACUAAUUUGGACAAUGACCUUUACUGUAAUAAAUGAUUUUAUGCAAGAGUACAGAAACACACUUGCUCCUACAAUAUUUCAUCAGAUUAUUUUAACAGUGGACCAUUUUGAGACUAAUCUUGAACUCAUUUAAAGGCCUAUACCAUGCUUUGUAAGUGCCUGCAAAAUACUGUUUAACACUUUGAGAGGAUGUUGAUAUUAUUAGAUGGUGCAGUAAUUAUACUGUAAACCGACUGAUGCAUGACUGAAAGAGCAAUGCUACUCAUAACUCUGAAUGAUUAAUGUGCUAUCAGGUAAGCCUUUUUUACAGUCCAACUGUAUUACAAUCUAACUUUAAAAUAAUAGCAGUUUAUGUCAUAAAUGUGUCAGUUGAUAUCAUAUGAUAGUCACACAGGGCUAAAAUGUAUGGUUUGAAUGUUUAAUAACUAAUAUUUGCAUUAUUUGUUUGUUUUUUCCCCUCACAGACAAGUAACAUACAUAUGUACUGUACUGUAUAUUGAUGAUUACACAGAGCACUAUUGCUGAAAGCCAUUUAUUAACAUUUGUUUGAGAAAGAUCUUUAAGCUUUGCCACCAGACUCAGUAUUUCUAUUUUCCAACACAGAUUUUUGUUUUGAUGUUAAUUCUCCUUUGUAAAGCAACACAUUCAAUCUAUAUAUCAUUUUAUUUUCGUACUCUAUAUUUCUGCUUUGCAUGAUUUACUAACAUUUAAAAGGUGCAAAAAUGAAAUAGUUGUAUCCUUAAAACCAUUUGUUUUAUUAUUAUUAUUACUUGCAAAGGGUUUGAAGGAUGUAUUUUAAUGAGGGUUAUCAAGCCUUGUUUAAAAUGGUGUAUUUAUAAUAUGGUGACAAGGAAUUUUAUUGCAACACCUUACGCUAUGUAAAUAAACAUGAAA